AUGGCCAGCCUCCAGGAUAUCAUGAACGUGGACGAGGACCAACUCGAAUCCCACACUAUUAAGAACGACCAGGUCCCGGCUCCAUCAGGCAGACAUCAUCAACCCUACUUGGCACCAAGCGCAGUUUACAACACAGGUUAUGCGACUGGCGGAGAACAACCAGACCUUUCAAGCACACCACACGGCACGAAGCGGAGCUCAUCCUCCCGCACCACCAAAUCUAACACCACAGGCUCGUCGUCUUCGUCUGUCCGACCAGUCAACACUCGUCGAAGAAGCAACGUUAGCACCGACUCAAUGGAGCAACCAAACUACGGAUACGGCCACGCAGGGCCCUCCAGCGGCGGCCUUGAUCCCUCUGGCCAGCCCAUGAGACCCUUUGGCGGCGUGCCACCUGGAGGAGACGUUCCUGUCAAGUUGACUCCCAUCACCGGGCGGGUUAGUAGGGCAAAGAAAGGCAUGAAGGUUCAUACGUGCGACCACUGUCGUCCUCCAAAGACUUUUACACGCGCUGAGCAUCUACGACGGCACCAGCUUAGCCACGAAACUCCCCAGUAUGGAUGCUCAAUUCCGGGUUGCGAUAGGGCUUUCCACCGCAAGGACCUACUCGAGCGUCAUCAGCAACGACAUGAGCUCGAAGGAGACAAAGCAUCGAGAGGCAGAGGAGGAAGCCAAAGUCGUCGGACCUCAGCCGCCUCUCUAGACGCAGGAGUCCGCAGCAUGGGAUUGCAACCUCCCUUGCUUGGCUAUCCUACGAACGCAACAACGCCGAUCCACGGCCUCCCAAUUACAUCGAGUAUGUCGCAUCCUGGAACAUACCAGUCCAUGAGCGCGCCCGAUGUCAGCAAGUCUUUGUCUCCCCACAUGGGAAACGACAGCUAUCGCCCUUCAUCUGGUGGUCCUGGAUACAGCGGAGGCUACUCUCUGUCUGGCCAAUCACCACAACAACCCAUCCUACAACCUUCAAAUAGCGGCUUCAACACCCCUCCGUCGUUUUCCUCCAUCGAAUACCAACCUCGUACAACGCCCGAGUAUCGUCCGCUGUAUCUCCAGACUCAGGGGCUGGGACUGCAAAUGUCUCCAGAUGCACCGCCCGAGCUUUCACACGCUCAGGACCCCAUUGGCUGGCCAUCUUCAGCUUCCGACAGCACUUAUUCAACGCCUUCCGAUAAUUCUCGACGCGCAUUCUGGCCGACGGCAGCAAACGACUGGUCAAAUGGCCUCCUUUCGCCUUGCCCAGGGGGAUACGACGCCAUCGGAGCCACCGGCUCUAUGCUCUACCAAUACCCGACCUCCCCCCAGCUCAGCACUUCACAUAUGUAUCCGAUGCUCGGCGCUUCCAUACCUACCUACUCUGACGAGCAGACAUUCCGUGACCCUCAACAACAGCCACGGUUCCCCAAUACUGUUCGUAGCCUGACCCCGCCGGUGACGUCGGCAUCGGCUCAAAGUUGUGAAACUCUAGUCACCCCGUCGACGGCACUACCAUCGGACCGGAUGAUGAACUCACUUGCCUGUCUGGGCCGUCAGAAGGAGGUGGCGUUGGGCCUCCUGGCGGCCCCGGCCCUGAUGCAGGGCUCCUUGCCUAUGCCGAUCUGCAGAGCCAUUCCCGCCUACCUCGAUGUCUACUGGGAAAGGUUUCACCCCCAAUUCCCAAUCGUACACCGAAGGACUUUCGAGGACGCGGCGGAGCAGUUUGAAGUGCUUCGCUGCGCCAUGGCUGCAGUGGCGACUCAAUACAUGAGUGGUAAGGAGGAUCGCAUCAGGGGGGAUCAGCUGCAUGAAUAUGCCUGGCAACAAUCCAGACGUUUCCUCCAGUGGGAUGUAUCUGUCAUGCAAGCGAUUCUGCUAUGUGAGUACUUCGCGCGGUUCCGCGGCCGAAGAGCAGCCAUCAGGCCAUCGAAAGAAUUUGAGUCCGUGUACUCGAGGGUAUACGACAACGCAGACAACGCAGUCAUAUUUGGCGCCGUGCCUCGGACGGGAACCAAUACCGUCAGGUGGCAUACUUGGCUCGAUAUGGAAGCUCGCCGUCGUCUGCUCUCAGCGUGCUUCGUCCUGGAUAUCCAUAGCUCGGUUUACCUGGAUCAGCCAAGAGUCCGCAACUUCGAUAUGAACGAUGGCAUGCCACCCAAUAUCCCGCUCACCGGCCCAGCUCAGGAUCUCUGGGAUGCACCAAGCGCCGAUGCAUGGGCGGCGAUGGUCUCGUCCAAGGGAGACUCUCUGGAUGGUCAAACACUCCUAUCUCUGAUCAACCCAGACACCUUGUCGAGAACGACGGUCACCGCACACGCCCCCUUUGACCGCGCAGUGAUCCUAGCCUCCAAGGCACUAUUACUGCCGCGGCGUGGAGAAGCGGCGCAAAUUCCUUGUUCCAUAGAAAUAUUAGAGCCGCAGAUCUUCCGCAUGGCCAGCAUCUUCCCACACUGCCCCGUGGCCAACACCUACCUCGCCCUUCACCACACUCCUCUUCACGACCUGCUGGCCGUAUCAGGGGACAGUUGGAUCUUUAGUCAAAAGGUUCUGCAGUCCAAACACUUUGACGAGCACAAGAAGCGGCUCAGGGAGUGGACCGACUCGGGCAGCGCAACCAUCGCCCUGGUCUUUGCCUGCCGGGCUCUCCGCGCCUUCACCGAGCACGGCAACUCUGAAGAAGACUCGGACGACGAAGAGGACAUGGAUAUACGGGAGGUGGGCCGACCCCGGAUGUGGAAGGACGACAUCUCGGAUUACUGGGGUAUGUAUGUUUGCGCCCUCAUCUGCUGGGCCACCGGGCACCGCAUCAACGGCGGCGACGCAAGCCGCGGCGAAUCCGACAAUGACAGCGGGGCGCUUCAGUGGAUCCACACUAUGGCGAAUAUGGAAGCCAAGAGCGUCAUGGAGACGCCUUUGAAGAAGGAGGCUACAACGGUCGUGGCUCUCGUGAGGAGAUGGCUGGAGGUGGACUGCCUCGGCAAUCGCAGCCGGCUCUAUGUCGACGCGGUUGGCGUACUGAGUAAGUUGGCGGAGGGUUGCGCCUGGAAGUGGUUUUAG